UCGCUCACUUCACUCACUUCAGAGGUCUGCUCUCAGUGCUCUGUGAUUGUGUCAAACCCACUGUCGCUUCCUGGUUGCAGGGGGGACUGCCGUGCAACAUUUCCGGGACGCGGAGAGCGUGAGUGAUGGUCAGUCGGAAUUCAGUCGCGAGGGUCGUUGAAGGAUAAUGCUGAUUCUCAUCUCACGGUUAUUAUUUAUGGCGGCGGUGUGGCGCGUGGCGGAGGGGAAGACACCUCCGCCAUAUAGAUCAUCUGGACCAUGUAAUACAGCCUUUGAAUAUUACGCCAAAAACCUGGGAUUGUGCUGCAGUAGAUGCAAACCAGGGACUCAUCAGGCGGUUAUGUGCACUAGUAAUUCGGACACCAUCUGUGAACCCUGCCAAGAUGGACAGUACUCUGAAAACAUGAACCAUUUUUCCAACUGUUUUUCUUGUCCAAAGUGUAAAGAUGUGAAAGGACUGAUGUAUGGCACAAAUUGCUCUGCUGAUACCAAAGCUGUUUGUGUUUGCAAGCCCGGGAUGUUAUGUUCUAAGCGUAAUUUCAAUAAAGAAUGUGAGGAAUGUAGAAAAUAUAGAUCCUGCAAACCUGGUGAAUAUGUCAUCAAAGAAGGAUCAAUUUCAUCUGAUGUCAAGUGUAUGCCGUGUCCGUCUGGAAUGUUUUCAAACCGCAGUAAUACUGAUCGGUGUAAACCACACACACAAUGUGAAGGCAGGUCAGUUUUAAGAUCCGGCAACUCUACAGUUGACACACUGUGUGAGAUGAUACCACCAUCAACAGCAACAACAACAAAGGCUCCUCUUCAGAGUGCACCCAAGCCUACUCGCCCAAAACCGAGUAAUUUUAGGGGCCAAACGCAGGAAAUGCAGCGCAUGAACACCACCACCACCUCAUCUCUAGCUCCAUCGAGUAGAGCGAUAUCAAGCACACCAGUGGGUCAAGAUGACAUGAUCUACUUCACUGUUAUACAUGCUAUCAUCAUUGUGGUGUGUUUCCUACUCGCCCAAAACCGAGUAAUUUUAGGGGCCAAACGCAGGAAAUGCAAUUCAUUUCAUCGCUUUCCCGUCUCUUGUUCUCUUCAGCUAGAACAGGACGCCUCGGCAAGCAGCACACCUGAUUAUCAGCGUCUGUUACCCGUCGACAGGUGCCAGAAGGAGCCGUCCAUGACUUCAUCGGACAGCCAGAGUCAGCCAGACUCAAGUCACAGCAGCGCUGACUGGCUGGAGCGCACGAGUCAGGAGUCCAUACCGGAGCCACCGUCUGUCUCCAGCCCCAUGGUCAAUCUCAGCAUCACGGCCACCUUCAACUGCCAGCUGAACCCGACCGCAGCGUCCUGCUCCAUCCCUCUCAACACAUCUGCACAAACACCCCAUGUUGAAGCUCCGGUGCCGCUUUCUCAAGAAGAGGUCUGUAUAUCCUGCCAGCAAGAGGACGGCAAGGAAGCUCUGCGGUCAGUGCAGGAGAGCAGCCCGUGUGCCUUCUGAUUGGAUGUUUUACUGAUCAAAUGUUAUACGUUUAGAUAAACACAUUUGCAAAUUCCUAAAUGCAGUGUAAUGUUAAGUGAGUGAAGUGACAUGUGGCCAAGUAUGGUGACCCAUACUCAGAAUU